GAUCUUUUCUGAGAUUUAAUCUAGGUGUAUAGAUUUGCUGGGUUUAUUAAAAAGAAGUUAUUGAAACUUGUAUAGAUUAAAAAAUAAAGGAUGGAUAACUUUUAGCGGUACAAGUAUAGGGACCAGCUUAUAAGAGUCUCCCAGUAUUAUCCAUUUUUCCCCCUCAAAAUGAUAACGUGGGACUUUAAGAUUGAAACAGCUUAUCUAAUAAAGUAUAAACCGAUAAGGCCAUUUAGGGAGAGGGGUGGGAAGUGGGUCUUUAACUUUAUUGUUUGAGAGGGUGACGUGUUAAUGCCUGAGGUGUCUGAAUGUGAAAAGACCUUGCUCCUUAAAGGAGCCGCACAUCCUCACAGGGCAGGACCUUGUGACAGACCCAUGAAUCAGAAUCUACAUUUAACACCCCCCCCCACCCCCUUGUGAUUUUUAUCCUCAUUAAAGACUAGGGUUCGAGCCAAGGAGGUCUCUCUUUCUGUGUGACCUUUGUCAGAUUACUUACCCUCUCUGGGCUUCAUUUAUAAACUAUCGAAAAACUCAGUUAUGAACUCACUGGUAAACCAGGGAGCAUUCAUGUUCAUGCAGACACACUGCGCGUGCCCAGCCCAUAGGAGAAGCUCUGCAAGUGACAAUGAUGAUAAUUUCAACACGGCCAAAGUGACCUCCUCCCAGAGAGGAGGUUAAUUUCAUUGACGGACAUGCUGUUACGGGCUCUUUUCCCGGAAGUUGACCAGAAGAAGCUGAGGCUCUGAGGUUUCUCCCCGCCUCCCCAGCCAAGCGGAGUGGCUCCCCUGGUAAUGGACUGCUUCUCCCUGAGAAACGCUCUCCACGCUGGCGAGAGCCCCCGGGUCUAGUCUGUGAACUCAGCUAGGAAACACACCGCUGUGAAAAUGACGGAGGAGCCCGUCAAGGAGAUCCCGAGAACCCCAACGUCUCCCACGCCAGGGACAAUGGAGAAGAGCCCCAAGAGAGAAGUCGUGGUCACCACGGUCCCCGUGGUCAGUGAGAUUCAGCUGAUGGCCGCCACCGGGGGCACUGAGCUCUCCUGUUACCGCUGCAUCAUCCCCUUCGCCGUGGUGAUCCUCAUCACCGGGACAGUGGUCACUGCCGUGGCUUACAGCUUCAAUUCGCACGGCUCCAUCAUCUCCAUCUUGGGCCUGAUCCUUCUCUCCUCGGGACUUUUUUUGUUGGCCUCCAGCGCCUUGUGCUGGAAGCUGAGGCAGAGGAACAAGAAAGGCAAGAGACGGGAGAGUCAGACAGCUCUCAUGGCAAAUCGGAGAAGCUUGUUUGCUUAGGACUGAAGGAGGCCAAGGGAGGCCUGAGGCCUGCACAUCCUGCCUUUCUGCGUCAGCCCAUUCACCCGCACUCCUGUGGGAGCGGUCGGACUUGGCACGGAGCGGACUAGGGGAAUGGGAGUGGAUGGAGCGGGUGGGGGGGCAGGGCCUCAUGUGUGAGAAAUGACUUGUAUCUUCUUUCAUGACAAACUUAACUCUAAGGGCUAUUUCUCAGAUUGCAAAAUCAGCUUUUUCUCCACGUUAGACCUUGUCGGGGUCAUGGGAGGUGUGCAGCAUUAGGCAACAUUUGGUUCACCUCGGAAAGGAGCCAAGAAAAGACGAGAAAACACUUGGAUGGUUCUGGUACACCAGUGACCCGCCUCCACAUGAAAUAACCCACAGGCGUAAGAAGCUGUAUCAUAAAAACGUUCUGCCAAGAGUCUCCAUGGCCUGGGACUUGGCAUACUUCUAUGAAAUUCUAUGAUAACUUCUUUUUUUCAAUCAGUUGAUUGUCUGGCAACUGUUUUAUUUUUUACUUUCAGUAACUCAUGACUGACUGGUGGUACUUUCUCUUGAAGAAUAAACUAAUAUUUUUUAUGUUUUAACAUUGGACAAUUUUAGAUGAUUGUAAUGAUGUAUCAAAAGUCAAAAAGAGGUGAAGUGUAUAACUACUAGAUAACAUAGGAGAGGGGAUUAAAUUAAUAUUAAAAUAAUCCAAUAUAGCACUUUUGAUGAUUUUUAUAUAAAAGUUUAAUGUACAUUUCAUUCGAAAUAAUAAAUACUCAUUGCUGCUGACACUUCUUAAA